AUGGGAAACGUUCAAGCAGCCAGUGCACCCCCUCCCCCCACCAUGCCGCCGCCGCCUCCGGGCAUGCCUCCUCCUCCUUCCACAGAACCUGAAAAAUCGGAAAAUGCCAAUUUCCAAUCCCCAGUACCCCUUUUGCAAGACACUUCGUCAGGGAGAAAUCCUGGAACGAUGGAGGACCUCCACAAGCAGUGCAAAGAUGUUUUUCCCACUAAUUUUGAAGGAGCUAAAUUGAUGGUGAACAAGGGACUUAGUAAUCACUUCCAAGUCUCCCACACCAUUAACUUGAGUUCAGAAACUCCCUCAGGGUAUCGUUUUGGUGCAACAUAUGUGGGCACCAAACAAUUUACGUCAAAUGAAGCUUUUCCUAUUUUAUUGGGGGACAUUGAUCCCAGUGGAGACCUAAAUGCCAAUAUUAUUCAUCAAUUCACUCCUAAACUCAAAACUAAAUUUGCUACACAGGUCAAGAAAAGUAAGUUUAAUGCAGUCCAGAUGACUGCUGACUAUAAGGGAUCCGAUUACACAUUCACAGCAACUGCUGCCAACCCAGAUAUCAUUAAUGAAUCAGGUGUCCUUGUUGGUCAUUAUCUGCAAUCUGUGUCAAAGAAUGCAGAUUUAGGUGCUGAAUUGGCUUACCAGUAUGGUCCUCAAGUGCCAGGUGGUGAGAUUGCUGUUCUGUCUGUAGCUGGAAGAUACUCAGGGAAAGACUUUAUUGUAAGUGGCACUGCUGGUACUUCAGCCUUGCAUGUGUGUUACUACCAGAAAGCCAGUGAACAGCUUGCUCUUGGAGUUGAGUUUGACACAAAUUUCCGAAUGAUGGAGUCCACAGCAUCCAUUGGGUACCAAAUUGAUGUACCUAAAGCUGAUUUGUCAUUUAAAGGCAUGGUCGACAGCAAUUGGACUAUUGGAGGUGUUAUUGAGAAGAAGUUGAUGCCACUACCAUUUUCUUUUGCACUAAGUGGUAUGCUCAAUCACAACAAUAGCCAGUUCAAGCUUGGCUGUGGUCUCAUGGUUGGUUGAAGAAGCAAAUGUAUUUGUAUAUUUCCUGUUCAUUUACAUUUAGCAUAUAUUUGGCAUUUGGUUGUGUUCUUGGCUUUGGCAUGUAAUUGAUACUUGUAAAAAUGUUAUCAGAGCAUUAGGCAUGUUAUCAAACCUAAUUUCUUGCAGUGGGGCCUCCCGACUAGUCGAAGUUCUGUUCUAGAAUAUCAUUUUGUUCAGCAUAUGCCCUCAGCCAUUUGCCACCUUAUGCAUUUAUUAGCCCAUUCCCUUCAUCAGAUGCCUAAAGGUUCAGUCCUCAUUAACUUUGUUCUUGAUUUGGGUAAGUAGUUUAAUUUUGUAGCAAGUAGUAUUUGAGAGCAAAGUUAUGAAACUCCUCUACGCUGUUAGUACCAUCGACUCAGUUUUCAUAUGAUCAUGAUGAUUUUGUGCCAUCUCAAAACAGACGUGAAAUAUUGCUUUUUUAGUAGAUUACGUCAUUUAGCGACCACAAGGAUUCACCUUAUUGAUACAGCAAGAUUUCACUCAAUCUUCACUUUAGUUGCUUGUUAUUGUUGGACAAGAUUUAUGAACCCAUUUCAAUUUGUACAAAUUAUAAAUUAAAUGUUUCAAAUGAUGCAAUAUGUCUCUCUCUAUCCUGUCAAACCUUUACAGAAAGUAACCGCUCUAUGUUUGUGUUUUCCUAAUGCAUGUUUGUGUUUCUAGUCAUAAUUCUCUGUUCUGAAUGAAUGAGAAGCCUUUGCAUCAUGAAGACAGACAACAAAGGCAGUUAUUUUGGAAAAAUGAAUUUUAUAAAGAGUUUUUUGUGUCUGGCAAGAGUUAUAUAUUGAGGACGGUUUAAUGAACAUCUUAGGUAGCAAAACGCUGAAGGUAGAUCUAGUUACAUACUUACGUUAAUAAAUCUUUAGGUCAGAACUAUUGGUUUAGGACGUCUUUGUCUAGAAUGGUUGUGCUAGCAACUGUGCAAGUCCUCUGAGGUAUAACAUGCAAUGAAAGAGUAAAUUUGUCCUGUUUCUGUUUAAGUGGGUUGGAAUAAAAAAAGUAUGAAAUUUA